ACAACAUUAUAUCGACAAAAGCAGUGUUAUUCAUAGUGUUAUUUGCUAAUCGGCGCUAAACGGUGCUUAAAAGCCAUCAUGUUGUUUCCUAGCACAAACAUUCGUCUUGUCAGUCCAACCGUUCAGAUUAACUGAACCGAUGGCCUCCUGGAUAACUCCUUACGUUGCAACCACUAAGUCAGUUAAACUGUAAUUCUGUUAUAAAUUGCAAAAAUGCUUCAGUUUUAACGUAGCUGCACUUGAAGCAGCCACGUUAACGCCAUCCAGGUGAAAUUAGCAGGCUGCAAUGGCUCCUGUGAAAUUUGUUAUUAAGUGUGGGAACUUUGCUGUGCUGGUGGAUCUUCACGUUCUGCCCCUAGGCGGCCAAGAGGACGCCAGCUGGUUUACUACUGGCCACAUCGAGGAAGUCACGGCCCUGGUCCAAGAUACUGUGGACCAGAGGGUUAAGCAGUACUCAGAAUCCCUCCGAAAUAGAAGACAACCCAAACAGAAGAAGGAGCCGGCACCUGCUUCAACCUUUAUUCUGAAAGGGAAAAAUGUCAACCUAGUUGGCCAUUUUCUGAAGCGGCACUUUAACCUCAGAUGUAUUUCCAAGCAGCACUAUGGAGAUUUGCGUGUGUUUCCUGAACGCUAUGUUGUGUGUGUGAACUGUCCAGAGGAUGCCUCAGCACACCAUGGAAACCCGAGCCUGGCCGCAACUGAGCUGAGUGAACAAAGCAGAUCGGAAUAUUUUUCCAAAGUGGGAGAAACUCAAGAACCUUUUAACAGCCCUGCAAAAACAAAGAAGACUGUGCUUCAAAAGAUAGCCAAACAGGCUAGUGUCCAGCGAGAGUGCUAUGGCUCUGGUACAGGGGAGCAGCAGAUUGACCAUUGGGCCUGUCCCAAAAACCAGACAGAGGAACUUAGUGCUGAAGAGUCAGAACUGGGUUCAAAGGAGACUGUGUCCAGCUCUGGACAGAAAGCUCUCAAGGUGCCUUUCGCCCCUGCGUUAGAUGAAGUUGUGGGCCAGAUUGUGACUGCUCUGCAGCUGGGCCCGACCCUGAAGCAGCAGAGCGAGAGCAGUCCUCCAGACAGCAUCAACCCAAAUGGGGCCUCAGUAGUUUUCAGCCAACAUGAAAUCAGUCAGGAGACCCGCAAGAGGUGCAAGCUGAGCAGUGUAGGGGAAGACCCUCACCCGCAGAGGGCCAAGAGGACGUGCCUUGGAAGACCUCCAGCCACAGUUCAAACUCACUCCACCGAGUGGUCCACGCAAACAUCCAAGCAUGACCUUCCUCCAGCCGAAGCCAAGGCAGAGUCCAAGGCUUUCCCAGUCUCCGAAUGCAAGAAAACCACACUGGAAGUAGAGCUGCUUACUCUAGGGAAACGGGCCCAGAGGCUCCCCCUCACAAGCAAUAACACGGCACAGACAAACCAAAACAGGCUGGCCGCAAGUCUGAGAGGCCUAUCUGUCAAGCCUGCAUCCUCAGGCUCCUCUAUUAGUUCCAGAUCCACACUCAGAGAGGAGGGGAGUGAAAAUGUGCCCAGAACCUCGAGAUUACGACGACUGAAGAAGUCCUGAGGGGGAGAGACAAGUUACGGUAAAGAUGCUUGACGCCACAAAGAUAGAGAUGAUUUUGUGUUAGACUACAUGUUUACCCCAUGCAGUCACCACAGAUGACAUGCAUUUGUACACGUGUCACAAUUUACUACAAUAUCUAUUGUUUUCACAUAUGUUGUGCAUACAGCUUCACAGACACACAAACACACAGGUCAAAUACUGAACAUAUUGUGGCAAUUGAUACAUGAGCGUUUGAGUUACGCUUUGUCAAAUACUUGAAACAGACUUUGCCUCCACCCAUAAGUAGUGGUGGUCAAGAGAGGCUCGCAAAUGAAAGUCAAAAACCUUUAAUUGGAGUUUAGAUUUGGUUUUGUGUUAAAGAUUGGGGAUUUCAGACAGGCAGGAGCCAUGCAGUACGUCAUGGCUUUCAGUCUGAAAUACUGGCUCCUACGUGUCUGAAAACUGUCCAGCUUCCCCACUGAAGCUCUUGUGUGAUUGAUUGCUCUUUCCAGAUUUAUUUCAUCACCUCAUUCUCAAAAAUGUACUCUUGUAGUUAGAUUUCAUUCAUAUACAAUUUUCAAUACUUAGUUGCUAAGCACCUUUACUGUAUCUUUAAAUUUGUGGGUAUUGUGUAGCUUUUAAAAUGAACUUGAUCCAAAUAUGUGUGGGUGUAUGAGCAGUUUUGAAAUAUUAGUGGUUUUAUUUGGAAAUAGUAGGACGUAUACAGUAUCACAGGUUAAAAUGUAGCUGCUGUCAUCACUCCGUGUUCUCUCUGGGCCAGGGAGAACAUGGAGCAACAAGGGGACAACAGUCACUUUUGUAAAGCCCAAGACAUUCCAUUGCAUGACAUGAUAUUGCCUUAUUUAUAUUUUUAAUUUACUGGAAAGACAUUUUAUUACUUAAAUAAAUUUGUUUUUGCCAGGAAAAAAAAAUGCUUUGAAUCUUUGUGGAAGGAUGCAAAUAGGCUGAUAAUUUUUUUUGCAUGAAAUAACGUACAUGUCUGCACAUUGUUUUGUUCACACACAGUCCAGACUGGCUGAUGCACAUGGCAGUCUGACAGUGAAAGUCUGUCCAACAACAGUGAUCUUAACAAACCAGCGCUUCUCUGUUCCCAUUCCCUGUCAGGGUUGUAACCUGAGAUGACAAGCUGAAGCCAGUUCUUAUCAAGACAGACACAUUAUGGUGGAUGAGUGAAACUGACCCAGUUCUUUUAAGUACUAAUAUGUUUAAGGUUUUUCUCAAGAGGUGUUGAUAAUCUUUCGUCUUGACUUUAAUCCUUUUAAACAGAUUCUGGAGAGGAAUAAGUCUUAAAAUCACUUCAGCUCUACAAUAUAGGCUUCUCCAGGCCUAGUCUGAAAGGUUUUAGUUAAGCCUGCUACUUAAACCAGACCAACAAGGGCAACAUUGUCUGAGGAUCAUGACUAGUGAGGGCAUUUUUGUCUCCAGGAUCGACUUAAUACGACGAUGUCUUGCUACAACGUAAUUAGCUGUAAACACAUUUGGACUGAGACCUUCCGCAAGUCUAUGAUGUCUCUCCAGCAGCGGUUCCCACGCCAGCUGCAUGAGAAGUCUUUCAUAUGCUCUGACAUGUUUGGCUUGAUGCAUCACAGACAGACUCUUCACUCGCUCUCCAGAACCAAGACAACUUUAAUUCUCUUUUCAUACAAAAUAUUUAAUAAAUAUGACUUUCAAAAAUAUAUUGCCAGAUCAACACAAAAUUCUCAAGUUCAUAACACAAAGUCAAAAAUAGGACAAAAUGUUGCCAUGAUCUCAAAGGGUUAACAAAUGAGAUAAAACAUGUUUGUCUUUAAGAGCCUCAUUAAGAAAAAAAAGAAAAUGUGCACAGAAACAAAGCAGAUUCUUGCCAAGCAAGGCAGUGUAUUUCAUCUGAUUCUACAGUGUUCCCAUUGCCCCCCUACUGUUCAAGUACUCAUGGUCUAGCUUAUGAUAUUAUGCUGACUAAAGCAGAUGGGAAUUCUGGCGUGUCAUAUUGAUGUGAUUUGCCUCGCAAGCUGGUGAAUUUUUACAGUCUUUGAAAUGUGUCAAUGGGUUAAACUGAAGCUGGUGAAGGAUUUUUGUUCCCUUAAGUAUUAAUCCAUUAGUGGCAAGCAAUAUGUCUGCCACCAUGUCCAUCCCUCGCAGCAGCCGUGAUCUUUCAUCGUCUUAACCUCACUUGCCUUCUAUCAAGGUCCUGGCAACAAAUAAUGAAAUGUCAAAUGUGUGAGGAGAAAAAAAAAAGUUUUUCUUUCAGGCAAAAAGUGCCCAUCCUUUGUCCUCUUUGAAAUUUGGCUUUUAUAGAAUGCGUUGGAAAAAAAAAAGUCAUUGAAAGAAAUGGUAGGCUUCCACAGCUGUCAAAACCUUCAAA